GACCCAAAAACUCCAAAAAUCGAAAUGGAGUGGGUGAACGCAGUGGGGCUCAUCUUGUCCGCUGGCAUUUCCUUUUGCCGCAUUCGGACAAGUGCGGACAAAUUUCCAAUUAAACAAUCGAUGCGAUUAACACGAAAGGCGAUCUCUGCCGCCAAAAAGAAGGCGUGGCCGAUGGGGGAGGGCGGCGGCGGCGGUGGUGGCGGCAUUUUUGCCUAGAGCGGCGCGCCUGCGCUCUGCCUGCUUUGCCAACUGAUGAAAACCCGUUCUCAUGGCUGCCGCCACUUUUUUGCUUUUUUCCACUGAUUUUCCUCAACUUCGUUUUUUUUUAAUUUUUUUUUUUUUUUUGCACCAUAUUUUGAGAGCAGACCGGCGGCAGCUGCGAACUGCAAACUGCAAACUGCGUAUAAAUAGGCCCAAAGAACUGCGAACCGAGACAGUUACCAAUCGCAAUCCAAUCGAACUGAGUCGAAUUUUUUUCAAGUGAAUCACUUUAACAAUGGCAUUCAAGGUUAUCCUCUCCGUUGUCCUGGUGGCGCUUAUCGCCUGCGUCCAGGCGAAGCCCGGCGGUCCGGCGGCCUAUUCGAUCAGCGCUCCCAGCGUCGACCACGCAUCCGUGGGCAGCACCCAGGAGCAUACGGUGAAGGGCCACUACGGCCAAUCCUCCCAGUCGGACUACGCCAGCCAGGUCCAAACCGCCCACUCGCAGUCGCAUGUCCAGCGGUCCAGCAUCAGCAAUGACGCCGGACUGGCGCCCGUCGCCGCCCACGGCUACGCAGCUGCUCCGGCCCACGCCAUUGCUGCGCCGGCCUACUCCUUGGGCUACGCUGGGCACACGGCUCCCGCUCAGAUUCAGGGCGUGGCCUACGGCGGACACUAUGCGGCCAGCGCACCGGCCGUGCAGAUCUCCGGACUGGGGCACUCGCUGGGACUGGGUCACUCGCUGGGACUGGGUCACUCGCUGGGACUGGGCGGAUACGGUGGGUACGGAUACGGAGGCUAUGGCUCCUAUAGCGCCGCUCCGGCCAUCUCGCACGGAUAUCUGGCCCAUGCCCCAGUCGCCGCCGCUCCAGUUGUGAAGUACGCCGCUGCUCCAUCGUACGCUCCCGGAAUCAUUGGACACGGCAUUGGACUUGCCGCCCCCGCCUAUGCUGCCCCCGCCUACGCUGCUCCUGCAUACGCUACGCAUCUGGCCGGGCCCGUGGUGAAGGCCGCCGUCGCCGCACCCGCCCUCGUCCACACAUCGGUCUCCGGCCAUGGUAUUCACUAUGGCUACUAGAGGAUCCACCGCCCAUCGUCAUCGCCACCGCCACCGCCUCCGCCUCCGCACCGCCUCCACCCGCCCCCUCGCAGCCAGUGCACACUCGCACACAAAUACACUUUCCUAUCCGUCUGGCUAACUACACUAAUAGGAACAAUAAUACCCAGAGCGUGUCGGUAGCUGUUCGCCUUAAUUAAAACUCAAUUUGUUAACUGCACCAAGAGCCUGGGACCCGUGAGCCAUUUGACGGGUUAGGAGCCAACCAAGCACACCUGAACCCACCUGGGCCACCUGGGUGAUAAAAGGGGCACGCAGCGCGGGAUGCAGCGGUGCCGCACGCUCCGUUUUUAUUAUCGUUUUGUUAGCCUGGUCCCAGAGCUUAAACUUAUCCACCCAUUCCGCAUUGUGAAUGCUGAAUGUGUUUUUUUUUAUCGCGGUUGAAUUUACGUUGUAUUUAAACUUAAUUUGUAAACUGAAACGAAAUGCAUGU